GAGGCUUCCCCGUCGUAGCAGACCUGCUAACACCUGGAUGUGCUAAGCUGCCAAAGCGUGUUGCCACUUUUUUUUUUUACCAAUCCACUCUUCAAGACUACCGGAAUUUAUCGAGGUUUGAUGUCGGGGCUACCUCCAGACACAUGGCAGCCACCCACAGUGGCGCUGGAGACGACUAUGGGGACCGUUGUACUGGAGCUUUACUGGAAGCAUGCCCCCCAGACCUGCAAGAAUUUCGCCGAGCUGGCCAGAAGAGGGUACUACAAUAACACCAAGUUCCACAGAAUCAUCAAAGACUUCAUGGUGCAAGGUGGAGAUCCCACGGGAACAGGGCGAGGUGGAGCCUCCGUAUAUGGUAAACAGUUUAAAGAUGAACUGCAUCUGGAGUUAAAAUUCACAGGUGCAGGUAUUCUGGCGAUGGCCAAUGCAGGACCAGACACUAAUGGGAGCCAGUUUUUCCUUACUCUUGGACCCACUCAGUGGUUGGACGGGAAGCACACUAUUUUUGGAAGAGUGUGUCAAGGGAUGGGAGUCCUGAACCGCAUUGGACUGGUGGAAACUAACAAUCAAGAUCGACCCGUCGACGAUAUCAAAAUUCUUAGGUCAAAUGUAGCUAAUUAAGUGAAUCAAAUUAUUUUACUUUUUACAUUGUUUUUUAAUUG